GCGACAGAUGUUCCUUACUCCGAUACUAAUACUGUAUACCUCCAAAUGACAAGCCUCAACCAUAUCGACCGCGAUCGCCUCCCGGCUGGAUUCAAGGUGGACGAAAAUUUUCAGAUCCGCACCAGAGUUGCAGGCGUAGGUCAUGAAACUGACUGGCAUGCGAUAACAGCAGUCACCACGACCGUUGCGAGCGUCAACAUCACACGAAACGAGUUCAAUACGCAUAACAUCGCUGUUGCCUCUUUGAGUAUUUCCCCUGGUCAAAGUCUUGAAUUCAAGAUACGUUACGAUUGCUCCAAAGUCGACGCUGCUGUAAUCCGCCCUGCUUCGUUUGGAAUAUACACCAAAAUCGAUGAUGGAUGUAUUGGAUUCACUCUCGAUCGCGCCGUCGAUGUAAUGCUCGAAAUCAAUGGCGACAAAUGGCAAGCUCUACACUUGCUUGUGAAUGAGAUCGAUCCCGAUGAGCCCAAUUGCGACAGUAUGGGAUUGUGGUACUUCAGGCCUGGUGUCAACAACGGUUGCGCCUACGAUAAGGUCGUUGAUGGACAGUUGGUUGUCCCUUCAGAUACAACAAUAUACCUGGCAAGCGGCGCAUUUUUGACUGCGCAAGUAGUCUUUUCCAACGUGGAGAACUCCAGCAUUCGAGGGCCUGGAUUUAUCUCUAGACUGGGAGACGCGUACGUGGCCUCGGCAUCUCAAAGACCCAGAGAACUCGACGGCGGGGCUGUUCUUAUUGAGCGAUCGAAGAACAUUAUAGUAGAAGGAGUGACCUCUCUUCGCUCUUUUGGUUUCAGUCUCCCUGUUGUGGAAGGCAAGGACAUCCAUAUCAAUCGGUAUCGCUCAUUCUCCAGUUACGGCAAUGGCGACGGCAUUGAUCUCUUUUGCUGUCGUGAGGUCCUUAUCGAAAAUUGUUUCCUGCGCAACUCCGACGACACCAUCGCCAUAUAUGGCCAUCGCUGGGAUUACUAUGGCGAUACACGGAAUAUCAAGGUACGAAAUUGCACGCUGUUACCAGACAUUGCGCAUCCCAUACAAAUCGGCACUCAUGGAAAUUCGAAAAGGCCUGAGACAUUCAGCAACAUUCACGUAAGCAACAUCGAUAUCCUGGACCAUUGCGAACACCAGAUGUGGUAUCAGGGUUGCAUUUCCAUUAACGCGGCAGACGAGAAUCUCAUCCAGGACGUGCUGGUUGAGGACAUUCGGGUCGAGAAGAUCACCAAAGGCCAGCUGUUCAACAUUCGGGUCAUGAAAAAUGCAAUGUGGACAACGGCGCCAGGGCGAGGCGUGAAGAAUAUAACUCUUCGCAACGUUGAGCUCGAUCAGGAAAGGUCGGAAAACGUCUAUCCAUCGCAGAUAGCGGGUUACGAUGCUGGAAGGAAGGUUGAGAAUGUCAAAAUUGAGAAUUUGAAGAUUGGUGGACAGUACGUCCAUGAUGGUAUGGCCAAGCCGAGAUGGUACAUGGUGACAGACUUUGUACCGCUGUUUGCGAACGAACAUGUGGAGAAUGUUGUGUUUAGAUUGACCACCCGGAAUAUAGAAUGAGAAAGGAGUCUACAGUGAAUGAACUUAGCAAAAUUACAAUAUGCGGGCAAUCGCAAGCCCGAAUUGAGGGUGUGAUCUAUUGAUUUGAUAAAUGUGCGCCGUUGACAUCGUCAGGUACGGUGCCUGCGACGUUCCAUGGACAUAUGACGACCCAACAAAGCACGGAAGGGCAAUGAUCCAGAGCAGCGCGUAUGGGAACCCAAUAUCAGACACAACGAGUGUCUCCAC